CAGCGAGCCAACAAUGGGCGCUUCACCCUGCGUGACCUGCUGAUGGUGCCCAUGCAACGGGUGCUGAAAUACCAUCUGCUCCUGCAGGAGCUGGUGAAACAUACGGUGGAGCCGUCAGAAAAGGAGAACUUGCGGCUGGCGCUGGAUGCCAUGCGGGACCUGGCACAGUGCGUGAACGAGAUCAAGAGAGACAAUGAGACCCUGAAACGGAUCACCAACUUCCAGCUCUCCAUAGAGAAACUGUCACAGUCCCUGGCUCAGUAUGGGAGGCCGAAGAUUGACGGGGAGCUAAAGGUCAUCAGUUCUGAGAAAAGCUCCAAGAUGGACAGGUAUGCCUUCCUCCUGGACCAAGCUCUGCUCAUUUGCAAGCGGAAAGGGGACUCCUACGAGAUGAGGGAUUUCAUCGACCUCCACACUUACCAGAUCCGGGACGACUCCUUGGGAGAAAAGGACAAUAAGAAGUGGACUUACAUGUUCCACUUGAUCUGUAGUUCCGGGACCCAGGGCUACGAACUCUUCUUCAAGACACGAGAGCUGAAGAAGAAGUGGAUGGAACAGUUUGAAAUGUCCAUCUCCAAUAUCUACCCCGAAAACGCCACGUCCAAUGGCCACGACUUCCACAUGCACUCCUUCGAGGAGACUGCGUCCUGCAAAUCCUGCCAGAUGCUGCUCAGGGGCACGUUCUACCAGGGCUAUCGCUGCAGCCGAUGCAAAGCCCCGGCUCACAAGGAGUGUCUGGGCCGGGUAUCCCCCUGCGGGAAGUUGAGCUCAGAUUAUGGGUCUACGCUGAAAAAGAAUAAAUCCAACCGACACACGCAGGAGAGAAAGAAGAACGACCUUGGGCUGCCCAAAAUGGAGGUCUGCCAGGAGUAUUACGGGCUGCCACCGCCACCUGUGGCAUUUGGCCCGUCGCUGCGACUCAGCAUGGGGGAGAUUGUGGAGCUGACCAAAGCCAAGGUGGAGCAGCUCUGGUGGGAGGGCAGAAACACAUCCACGAACGAGAUCGGCUGGUUCCCAUGCCAAAAAGUCAAACCGUAUGUGUGUAAUCCUCCCCCAGAUUUUUCUGCUUAUCUUUGGUACGCGGGACCUAUGGAGAGAGCAGAGGCGGAGCAAAUCCUCACGAACCGUUCAGACGGCACGUUCCUGGUGCAGCAGAGGGUCAAGGACGCGGCCGAGUUUGCCAUCAGCAUCAAGUUUAACGUAGAAAUCAAACACAUCAAGAUCCUGACGUCGGAGGGCCUGUACCGCAUCACGGAGAAGAAGGCGUUCAAAGGACUCAUAGAGCUAGUGGAGUUUUACCAGCAGAACUCCCUGAAAGACUGCUUCAAAACCCUCGACACCACGCUGCAGUUCCCAUUCAAGGCGCCUGAGCAGAGGGCCAUCUCCAGACCUCCCGCAGGAGGACUGAAGUACUUUAGGUCGGCGAAGGCUCGCUACGAUUUCUGCGCGCGGGACCGGACGGAGCUGACGCUCAAGGAGGGCGACAUCAUAAAGAUCCUGAGCAAGAAAGGGCAGCAGGGCUGGUGGAAAGGGGAGAUCUACGGCCGCGUUGGCUGGUUCCCAGCGAAUUACGUGGAGGAAUAUUGCUGAGGUCUGGAACCCUGUGUAAUUUUCCACCCCCCUGAGAUCAUGACCCACAGGAUUCCCGACCCUGCAUGGCACUCACACUGUGAGCUCACGCGGAGCCAGGCCCGGAAGGGGUCUCUGUAGCAGGAAGAAAUGUUGUGUUGGCGGAAGUGCGGCGGGGAGUAGCGCCCCGGGACUAUUAAUUUAUGAACUUUCAGAUCCCUCUUCUCUUUCCCUUCUCUCACGCAUGUAAAGGAAGUUUUGUGUUGAAUAAACUGAAUGGGUGGACGGGCUGGAGAUGUAGCGGCCGUCACCCUGCACCCAAGAGCCCUUUUCUCUCCAGUCCAUGGCAUGAUCCAGCUGCCCCAUCAGGCACAGGUGUUUGGAGCCUAGAGGGCUGCUGCCACGUGAAUCGCAUGUCAACCUCUGGAUCGUGUCCAGGGUGUCCCAGGAGAGAGACAGGGCCGUUAGGAGCAGCACGGCCCUGCUGAGAUUUGCAGUCACCCUCCCCGAGUUUGACAUCUCAGCAGAUGGGUCACCACGUGGCCCAGCUGGCUCUGUUUGUGAGUGACCCAGACCAGGACAUCAGCCGGCAGGCCAGGGAGGGGACUUACCGGCUCUACCAGCUGCUGCUCCAACAGAGGGGGCUGACCAUAAAGGAGGCAGAAGAUCUGUGGUGCUACGACUGGCACCGGGAAGCAGGCUCCUGGGCUAUAAGAACACAGCCAGGGUGGGGGAGGUCUUUGGAAAAUUUCAUCUCGGAGGGGCAGAGAAGAUACUUCCUCCAGACAGCAAUGCUGGCGAUCCACGACCCCCUGCUGCAUGUCAGCCAGGCUGGGCUGCUCCUCACAUACUCCCUCCUGGGGGAAGCCCAGCAGCUGAUGGGGGACAAGCUGGAGGAUGUCACAGCCAAGGUGAUGGGUCAGCUCCGCAGCAUCCAGCAGCUGCACCAGGUGCCCGAGGCACUGCAAGGGCUGCGCCUCAUCUGAUGCCCUUAAAGGUGCCCCUCCCAUGUUCAGCAACUCCCGCUCCCUGCUGCAGCAAGAGACUCCCCAGAGAUGUCCUCAAACCUAUUCUCUUGGGAGCAUUUCUGGGAGGAGGCUCCCAUCCCUCAGCCUCCAACUCCGUCAUGCAGUCUCGUUCACAGAACAUCUCCGCUCUCCAGCUCCACUUCCAGCAGCAGGACAAAUGAACCUUCAGCUGCUAGAGACCCGACUCCAACCUCCUUCUGAUCAGCAAUGGGGUUUCACCAUCCCCUCAACGAACCUGUCAGCCUCUGAAUGAUGAAUGUCAGAGUCACCAGAACCAGCAAAACUCCAACUGCACUUUCACAUUUGCCCUGGUAUGAAAGUUCCUCUGAGUCAAGAUAUUUGAUUAAAACUAAAGAAAGAUCUGCAUGAGCAAAUUUUGUCAUGCAUUGCUUUAAAAUAUUUUGUGUAUUAUGACACUUCAGAUGUAAUUGGUAGUAUGAUUAAGUUGCUCAUCUAGCCCACUGUUCAGAUAGGAAGAUGGAAUGCUCCAUUAAAAGUUAUUGUAUACAGUAGUUAAAUCUGGCACAAAUUAGUCCAGCACUUAUGUAACUGAUUGCUGUUCUAUAUGGGGGAGGGGGGGGGGGAUGAAGUAUAUGUAGACAAAGGACAGACUUUGCCAGGAAUGAAUCACAUACUAGAUUCAGGAAAUUCCUGUGAGCGAAACUGGGAGUACUCCUUGCUGUAAUAGAUUUGUAAAAAAUCUUCUUAUGAUCACACUGUUAAAUUCAGCUCUACAUUAUGUUCAUUUUAUAUCUUUCCUGCUCUUAAUCAGAUGGUUAGUUUCAGCUAAAAGUUAAUCAGGCUUCAUACAGGAAAUAUGCAUUUAAAGAAUGUGCUACCAAAGAGGGAAUACUCCGAUUCCAAAUGUUUUCAAGACAAAUAUUUUAACACUUUUAGCAGUGUUCAGAAGGUUCAAGGUCCUUAAGCAAACAAAACAAGCGCACAAAGGCCUCUAUUUUUGUUUCUUGGCACUUAUCUGAGAACUCUAGCCUUUUUUAGUAUUGUUGGGAGUUAAUGGGUGUUAAAAGCUCCACAUAGACAAAUCCUUCUUAGAAGUUGGUGAUCUGAAAUGUGCUCCUGCUGUUAAAAGAAUUGUCAAAAUGCUGGCACCUUUAGCUUGUAUUUACUGAAUGCCUCAAUUGCCAGACUAACAAGGGCACUGGGUACACAAAUACUGAAAAUGUGCUUUCUGAUUUUUAUUGGUUUCCAAGACAUGUAGCCCAGAUAAUUGACUCCAGCUCUUACAUGAUGGUUUAGCCAGUUGGAGGCAUUACAUUAGUCAAGGAUCUCCCUGUAACAUGGAGCCAGUCUAUAGGAAACCAAAUAAGUAUCAUUUUUUUACUCUAUUUGCGCAGUUUGGCAAUGACUAGGGGUCUUUUAAGAUUGUCCCAAAGGAUAUAAAGUAUUAGAAGACAAUAUUAGCAACUUUGCAAGCUAUGCUCUAUAGAAAAAGGUCAAUGAUUGCUUCACUCCCUGUAGACUAGCUCAACAUUUCAGAGGUGUUUAAUAGUUUGAUGCUUCCUGUGGCAUUAUAUGGUAAUAGGACCACAUAAAAAUAGAGGAUAGAGCCUAACAAUAAAAAUGUAACAGAGUUUUCAGUUUUGAAUACCCUUGUUUAGCCUGGGUAUUGGCAGAAUUCAGAACAUGUCGUUGCAGAAUGUUGAUAAUUCCCUUUGCAGGGUGAUUAAAAUUUUGUUUUCACAUUUUUAAAUUAAAAUGAUUAAAAGCAUGUACAAGUGGGAGGGGAGUUGUAAUACACAGAAGCUAAUAUUCUGUGUUUACUUCCAGUUUGUGGGGAUGUUAACAUUGUCUGGUAAUGACAGUCUACUGAAGCCAUUCAGAAGCUCAAUCCUUUUAAAGUGUAACAGUUCUAUUUUAGGGGGUGAUAGUCUCCAGUGAAUUCUAUUUCCUUCCUUCCUUCCUUGCUUUUACUGCCAAACUAAUGCUAUAACUUUUAGUGUGUAACAUCACUCCUACAGGUCAACAUCACGCAACAAUUUAUUUUUCAUAGAAAUCUUUGUGUGAUGUAUGAGAAGCCACUAAA